ACAUAUUAGGUUCCCAUGUCCUAAGAAGCAGAAUUAGCCUCUGGAAUCUUGUGCACUUGUUUCCUUCGCUCCCAGGAAAGACGUGACGGCAUGGAGGGAAAACACAGAAAAAACACAGAGAAACACAGAGAGGGAUUAAAAAGAGUCUGAGAAGAGCAAGAUAAAAGAGAGAGAGAGAAAGAGAGAGAGAAACAGUGAGGAUGAUUAAGGAGCUGAACAUCAAGCCGCCUGCUGUUUGAUGCAGCUACAGUGUGGGUAUGUGGCUGCCUGUGCUGAGCAUUUCCCCUCCACUCUCCAGCUGACUGCUGUGAGGUCUACGCUCAUGUCGCUUCGUGCUACUUUAUUUAUCUCUUCACAGUAACGCGAGCACGCUUUAAUUUAUUCCACUCAAAGAGGACUUCUGUCUGUAUUACUUUAUGCUGGCUGAUACACUGACCUUUUGGACAAAGGAUCUGGAUCACUUCGAUCAGAGGGAACCAAUGUGGGGCUCAGGAAGCGUAAACCGACCGGGGCCGGUCCCUGCCUUCCUCAGGAGCCCACCCGUCAUCCCGACCCCGCUGGACAUGAAGCACUUCCUCCAGUUCCCCCUGGAGUCACCUCACCCAGCCAGCAUCGGCCUCUUCCACAACUUUAAUACAAUGGAUCCCGUCCAGAAGGCUGUGAUGACGCACACCUUCGGGCCACCUAUGGUGAAGACAAAGCGGCCAAUCAUCUCUUGCAACGUCUGUCAAAUACGCUUCAACUCAGAGAGCCAGGCAGAGGCCCACUAUAAGGGGAACCGCCAUGCUCGGAGGGUGAAGGGGAUCGAAACAUCCAAGACAGCUCGUCUCCAAGAUGGUGACAAGCAACACCCUCCCCCUACUGCUUCGCCCACCCCACCAGGCCCCUCGCCAUCCAGCCCUGAGCCUGAUCCUAAUAAGCAGGAUGACACCCAAUCCUGUCCCAACUCUAACAAGUCACCUUUGACCCCUAGCCACCUUCCAACACUCACACUGAGCUCAGCAGACGCAGAGUGUCUCCUCUUGCCUUCUGUCAGCACACCUUUGCCAUCCUCUCCCUCCCCCUCCGUGGCCCUAAGUACCCCCCCUGCAGAUCCAGCAGCAGCCGGUCUUCCUGACACGCCGUCCCCAGCACCCAGCCCUUCUUCAGGAGAGUCAGAGGAAGAGAAAGCCAAGAAGCUUCUCUACUGUUCCCUGUGCAAAGUAGCAGUUAAUUCCCUCUCACAACUGGAGGCACAUAACAAAGGUACCAAACACAAAACAAUUCUCGAGGCUCGGAGCGGACUGGGACCCAUUAAAGCAUACCCACGUCUGGGUCCUAAACCCUGUCCAGAGCAAGGAGGGGAGCUGUCCUCUGACCCCAACACUCAGGAACGCACCUUCCACUGUGAGAUCUGCAACGUCAGAGUCAACUCAGAGCUGCAGCUUAAACAGCAUAUAUCUAGCCGGAGGCACCGGGAUGGAGUUGCAGGGAAACCUAAUCCUCUUCUCAGUCGGCAUAAGAAGCGCACAGACUUUAUGGAACUUCCAAAAACCCUGGGGGCCGGACUUUUACCAAGUCCUCUGGCUGUUGCUGCAGCAAUGGCAGCAGCAGCCUCCUCCAAUCAGCUGGCACUACGUCCUCCUGGCCCAUCCUCUCACCCGCAUCACCAUCACCACCUCCUACAGGGAACACCCCUCAGCCUGCUAAGGCCCGCUCCAGGUCCCAUCCGCACCACACAUGGGCCAAUCCUCUUCACCCCUUACUGAUGGCGAGAGAAUGAGGCAGAAUCAGGAAGAAGCACACUGUGAAGUGGAGGCCUGCAACCAUGUGCCAUCAAGAGCCAAAUCAGCUGGUAUGGCUCCAGAUGGUGUUUCAUCAUAAUAAAAACAGUGAACACAAAUAAGACUCUUUAUGGUGCAUACAGUGGUUGCAGACCACUGCUGUUACGUUGACAGGGAGAACCAGAGAUAACUGACAAAUCUCUGAUAUUUCGAAGAGACUGUAUGUUUCCAUCCUCCCCAGCUUCCCUUCAUCACUCAACUAUCUGCCAAUCAAAGUAGACUCUGCAGAUAGUUUGAAGAGGAACUUGUAAACAAGUUUUUAUCAAGCAUGGACUUGUUUGAGCAUCCUCCAAUCUGCAACUGACUAAAUAUCUUCAUCUAACAUAUGAUCCACUGUAUGACUCAAAACCCUACCUCUCUUAUGUUUUUAAUGUUCACCUCUGCAAGGAUUCACAACAUAUCCAAAGCAUUAAUGUUAUCAAAAACCUCCCCGCUGGGUUAGAUAUAGUAGUUGCCUCUGAUGUUAGCUGGUAUCAUGCCGUAGCUGUCACAGUAUAGUGGAUUGUACCACUGUAAAGUUCUGUUUUAGUGGCCUAUAAAGAGGAAAAGGUACCAACAUUUUACGUACCGUUUCUGCAGUUACAUUUCUCUGUACUGUAUGUUGACAUUUCACACAUGCCCUAUAUGGUCUACCUCUGUGGUAUAGAAACAGGAAGUCAAAAGGGUAGAAAUGACAUCAAGUCUUAAAACUGUACUGAUUAAGUACAUGAACAACAUUUAUGGUCUGGCAAAGGUAGAGUUGUUGUAAAGAAGUAAUUGCUACUGGUGUACUAUGCAGCUAUGUGUGUUUAUUCCAACAGUCUGUGUAAGUUGGAGUAAAUAACAAUAGAAAGAGAGAAAAAACCCAUGCUGAAAAACAAGUUAGUUUCUUUAGUGAAGGUCAAAAGGUAACUGUCUACAGUUAAAUGGUUCCCUUGAUGAUUUCCCACAUUCUCCAUGAAUGGCCACUGACAACAACCAUGUGCAUAAAGUCCCCCAAAGCACAUAAGUAAAAGUCUGUGUUACAUGUACAUGUAAAUGGUUUAAAUGCAUUUAAAAUUAUGAAUAUCAUCUUUUCAUCUGCACAUCACUGUGCAAAACAUAAAGGUUUCAGUGUCUUAAUGGAAUAGUUUCAACACUGUGAGCACAGCAGGACAAGGGUUGAUUUAUGACUUUGGUAGCAGGUAUUUGCAUUAUGUGCACAUUUAAUUAUUCAGACCACAUUUUCACCACAAUCUCAUACCAGGAGUGUGGAAAACAGUGGGAUGAAAGACACCAGCAUUAUGAUAAAGAAGGAAGAGAAAAGGACCACAUACACAAAUGAGUAGUUGUAUGCAAAAAAAAACAACACACCAUGUUUGGUAGUAUUAUAGGCCUGUAGUGCGAUAAAAAUGUUUAAUUUGUCUGCUCUGCCUCGUGUGCUCAAACCCUACAUGAACUAUCCCAGUGAACAAUGUCAUGAUGGCUUGUGAAACAUUAGAGGGAAGCUUUAGUAAGCGGAAACUGUAGCAAUACUUUAAGCACUCCUGCUAACUUUCCUUGUUAACUGCAAUAAAAAGAAAAUGUCUACAAAUGUAUGAAUUGUUACUUAGGAGAAGUGUAUUAAAACAUUACUGUAAAUGUAGAUAAUUAAAAAAUGACAAAAUGUACAUGUUGGGGCUUCCUAAUUGUUAAAUUAAAACAAAAUUAUAUAUAAAAUCAUUAAA